CAGAAAAUCAGAACCCAAUCUAAACGCGUUCAUUAAGCACAUUUCCCGCUAAUCUCUUAAAUCCUUUUUGACAACAUGAAGUUCGCCUUUGCCGUAGUCUUGUUGGCCCUUGCUGUUGGUGUCCAAUCGUCUGGUUGGGGCGGUCCCUGGGGAGGCCCAUGGGUUGGAGCCUGGGGCGCUCAUGGUGCAUGGGGUGGUCCAUGGGCCGGACCAUGGGGAGGUCAUGCCGCUGUUGACCUUAGUGCCCAUGCUCCAUGGGGACUGGCCGGUCACGGUGCCUGGGGUGGAUAUCCCGGCAUUUCAUUGAGCCAAGGACCAGGACAUGCUCAUGCCGCUCAUGGACCCGGUGUUUACGUUGCCAAGACCCGUGGUGCUGUCCACACAGCUCCCUUAGCCGGCCAUGUUAACUCUGCCACUUCUGUGAAUGUGGCUCCUGCACCAGGCACCCAUUAAAGAACUUCGCCGCAGCUGACAAAGGACACAAACUAGAUUUACACCUUCAUUUUCCCCCUCUUUUCUAUAUUCCCUUAACUGGGGACUUUUACAACAGCAACAACAAAUGCAACAUACUCCGACUUUCUUUUGCCACAUUUCCUUCUAAUCUUCAUAUCUACUUUCUGUUCUCAUCUAUGCCUAAUUUAUCUGCCUUGUAACUUGAGAGUAUUGCAACAAGAAAAUCUAAAAAAAAAUGUAAAAAACACAAUUUCAUGAAUUUGUCUUUGCUCUUUUAUAAGCCACACAUGUUUUUCUGUUACCAAACUUGUGAUAUAAACAAGAAAUGAAAUAGAGUUGAAAAAACCAA